AUGAAACUGGCCAGAAGGCGCUUGAAAGGAAGCUCCCUUUUAAACUACCUGGAGGAGUUCCAGAUGAAUGUCCAGGAAGCCAAGCUUCUCAUGGACUUCCAAAACUUUGUAGCUGGACAACCUGGGGUUCCUCCGCCUCUGGCUGAGAUUAUUGCAAAGCUCGAGGUGGUUCGAACUUUCAUAGUUUCCAAAAAUUUGAUUGCAUCACCCUUGCCUAAAGACUUGUGGGCCAUCAAAACAGCCCAGAACAAGAAUCCCAAGAAAUAUGUCAGCCAAAUAGCCAAACUCACCCACGCAGAUGAUGAUCUACUCUAUCAGGCCCUUCAAGCUUGGUCGCACUGGACAUUUAAUCUGUACAAAGGCGAAGCUUUGUUGAGUGAAAUAUCUGCCGACAGACACCUGCUCUCAGGAUUCCAGACGGUGGACCGCAAGUGA